AUGUCGCCAGUGCAGUCAUCCGUAACGAGGUUUACGCUCGCAUCUCGCUCCAAACUCCUCACCAAUUUCUUUCCCUUUCCCUCAGCCGCACUAUCGCGCAUACCUGCGGACCUUUUUUUAUGUUAGUCCGCAGCCGCGAGGGGGGCUCCGGACCGCGGGCGCACGCUCCACACCGUCUUGAGACGCGCUUCGAGACGCAUGAACGUAUUCCGCGCAACCGGUGCGUCCGCGCGUAAUAACUCACGACUACAAUGAGAUCUUUUAUCUGACGCGCCGGAUAUCGUCUCUCAAAAUGAAGUGCUUCGUUGUGAUCCUCCUAACCGUGACCCUAGUGAGCAGUGCAGCCGCUGAGGCCUCAGUGCGGACAUGUGAACCUAUCAAAGUGGCAAUGUGUAAGAACAUUGGGUAUAACCAAACUGGAAUGCCUAAUUUGGCUCGUCAUACCCUGCAGGCUGAUGCUGAUGUGACACUCCAAACCUUCAGUCCUCUCGUUCAGUAUGGUUGUUCGCCCCAGUUGGGUUUAUUCUUGUGCACGGUUUAUGUACCGAUGUGUACGGAUAAAGUCGCGUUACCCAUCGGACCUUGUAGAGGUUUGUGCGAGACGGUAUAUGCCAGAUGUUAUCCCGUGCUACAAGGAUUCGGUUUCCAGUGGCCUGCGGAGUUAGACUGUUCAUUAUUCCCGGCCGAAAACAACCACGAACACAUGUGUAUGGAAGGGCCGGGUGAUCAUGGACCUCCUGUAGGUUCAAUACCAAUAGAUACAAGCGGAGGAGGUUCGGGAGCUUGUCAGAGACUCGUGAAGCCGAAGAGCUGGGUGUGGGUGCGAGGUUCGAGUCGGUGCGCGCAGUUUUGUGAGGCUGAAGUACUCUGGGAAGCCGGAGAAAGACGGGCGGCUGAAGUGUGGCUGGCCACGUGGGCUGCGCUAAGUUUCGCUUGCACCUUGGCUGCGGUUGGGGCCCAAUUAGCUUGCGGAGAUCGAGGAGGAGCCGGCGAGCGCGCCCUGGUGCUGGUGGCGCUGUGCCGGUGCGCAGCGGCUGCCGGAUGGGGCGUCAGGGCCGCGGCUGGACGCUCGGCAGCCGGCUGCGCCAAGGACUCUGCCAUCCCAACGAGGAUGCUGCUGGCUCAUGAUGGAUUAGCGAACCCGAAUUGCGCCGUAGUUUUCCUUCUACUGUAUUACUUCGGGCUCGCUGCGUCUGUCUGGUGGGUAGUAGUGGCAGGCGCUUGGCGAGCCAGCGUGCUCCGACCUCCUCAACCCUCAGGGUCUCCAGCCAGGAACGAGAGACACUCCUCACUGCUUCAGCUGGCUGCGUGGGGAGUCCCAGCGGCUCUGGCUGCCGCGGUACUGGUGACAAGAGAUGUUGAUGCUGACGAGCUCACUGGAACAUGCUUCGUGGGUAACCAAUCCAGCAAGUCUCUAUUGGCAUUGGUGAUAGUUCCAGAGGCGCUUUGUUUAUUGCUCGGCUCGGUGUUCCUAGCAUCGGGUCUCCGAGCGAUCCUUCGCCGACCAGCUCCUGUGGUAGCACAACCGGCGCUCCUCAACACUCCUCAAGCCGUCCACUCGUCAACAACUGACCAAAGCCUGCUAAGACUGGGAGCAUUCGCUGCCUUAUACGCAGUUCCCUCUGCCUGCAUUCUCGCGACAUGGAUCUACGAGUACGCGUGGAGAGACAGCUGGCUCGCGGCACCGACGCCUUCGUCCGAACCUUCGACUCACCCGAGACCCGCUUUCUGGGUUUUCCUGUUUCGAAUCUUCGCGACACAAAUCCUGGGCGUUAUGGUGGCAGUAUGGAUAGCGACGCCGCGGCUCAAGGCUCUCUGGCGGAUGAUCGCGGGGCCUCGGAAGCCACCGUUAGCGAAGUGCCCAGCCGGUCCACCGCCCACGCCCUUAACCCUUCACUGCUACGCUACCCACCCUCAUACUUUGCCGCGGCAUAUGCCGAAAUACGCCACAUACAGGCCUCCGCAGUUACACUCUUCGUACAGAAAACCAAGGCAUUAUCAUUACUCGACUGGAGAGACUAUCCUAUGACCGACGAAAAGUGAAACAUCGAAGUGGCUCAAAUUAUAAAAGACAUUUUAAGUACUAUGUAUGAGUGUCCAGAAUUGCAUUUACUUUCCUAGUGUUUACCAUGUGUUUAAUGAUUAACAAAAUAUGUAAGUGCCAUUAAAUUUGACUGAAUUAUAUAUAUAAAUAGUCCUGUCUAUAUACGUGUAGUCCACGUAUAUAGGAAGGACUAUAUUAAAUUAUCGUAUAUGCCUCGCACAUUAUCCCAGGACAAUAAUGGUUUAUCUAAGCUUAUCGGGACUUUAAAACGAUAAACAAUAAGCUAGGGCUUUAUUCUCCUAUUUUGUACAUACAUUGACGGACCGUGUGGUUCCAGGCACCAUUAUAAAAAAGAAUAGGGCCAUUCCAUCACUUCCUCAUGGAUGUCGUUAAAGGCGACUAAGGGAUAAGGCUUAUAAACUUGGGAUUCUUCUUUUAAACGACAGGCUAGCAACCUGUCACUAUUUGGAUCUCAAUUCUAUCAUUAAGCCAAACAUGGCCUAUCAGUCUUUUUAAGAAUAUUGGCUCUGUCUACCCCGCAAGGAUAUAGGCGUGAUUAUAUGUAUGUAUGCAUUGACAUGAUUUCUCAUUUGUAUUAUAAAGCUAUUUACAAAGUACGCAUUUCAUAAAAAGUAUUUAGACUAAAACUAUUGGAUUAUUAAUUAUUGACCUGUAGUGUAAGUGCCAGUGAAUACCUUUUCUGUUAAGUGAAUUUUUUUGUAACUUCAACGAAGCAUAAACGGUUUAAUCCAUUGAUUAAAUUCAAAUAAGUAAUUAGAUAUGCAUAAGUAUAUUGUAAAUAAAAUUUAUUUUAAUGUGUAAAUGAACCACUUACCUAUUUUAAAUGAAGGAAAUGUGAAAUUAUUAUUUCAUCAGUGUAAUUUGUUAAAAGCUUCCUAAAUGUCUAAAGGAAACUAUUUUCCGAUACAUAACGAAACUUGUUUUAAAACACAAAAGAAAAAUUAAAAUAUCCUGCAGCACUUUGUUGUCACAGAAUUUCGUAGCCGUUACUACGCUAGCUAAUUUCGUAGCAUCGUUGUUGUAUGCUACAGUAGUGCUACGGCGUAGUCUGGCCUGUUCGUAGACCAGUACGAUUACUGCAUUUUCUUUAUUUAAGUUACGAUGAUUUUUUAGGUAAUUUUGAAAUAAACAAUGUAUAGUAAAACCUGUUGUAAAAAGUGAUUUGAACUGAUAAAUGACUUUUGUAUAUGUAACUUAUAUAGUUUGUUAAUGAGAAAAGAUAAACCGAAAAGGUAAUAUGGUAUAUUAUUGUUCUUGUUUAUUGUAUCAUCAUCACUAACUGAUAUGAAUGAAAUGUUAGAAUUUGACGAACAUACAUAGACUGAUUUAAACACAUACAUACCUACAUAAAAUCACGCCUUUUUCCCGAAAGAGUUUGCAAGGAUGUAGUCUCUCAUCUUUCCACUUGCCGCGAUCUCUGCAUACUUCUUUCGCUUCUUCCACAUUCAUACCUAACUCUCUUCAUGCAAGUUCGGCGGUGUCGGGUACCUACUCUUGACCUGACUUUUUGCCAGGAUGUACUAAAUUUGAUCAAGGUACUUACGUCUAGGCCUUCCCACUACUACCUUUCCAUCGACACUCUCCUUGUAUAUUAACUUAGUCAACCUGCUUUCAUUCAUCCUCUCGCUUUUGUUCAUAACAUACCCUUUUCUCUUCCUGUCACUAUAUCUUCUUUUACAUCACAACAUUCCCUUAUCACGCUCUUUCUUAUCCAGUCAAUCAAUUUCACACCGAUCAUACAUACUCCUUAACGUUCUUUAACAAGAAACAUGAAGAUAAUUUAAUUACUGUUUAUUUGUUAGUUUACAUUACAAUGCAUUGCACUAAUGAGAUGCACUUAUUGCCAAAAUAGUAUUAUGUAAGAUAAUGUAAAUAAUUAAGGAGUUUCAAGAUUUGGGCCUUGUAAAUAUAAAAAAUGUUUUUGUAAGUAUGUUAAUAAAAACAACUAAAAUUAUA